AUGGCGGACGUCAAUAUCCAGGACUUCCCCUCGCUCUUCAGCGUCAAGGGAAAAGUUGCCGUCGUUACCGGCGGCUCCCGAGGCCUAGGGCUGACAGCAGCCUCUGCCCUCCUCCAGGCAGGCGCGUCCAAAGUCUUCAUCAGCUCCCGCAAGGCCAAGGCCUGCGAUGAGGCCGUCGCCGCGCUGAACAAGCUGCCCAACCUGUCCCCGGGGGCGCAGGCGAUCUCCGUGCCGGCGGACAGCAGCACGGUCGAGGGCGUGCAGAAGCUGGCGGACGGCGUGGCGGCGCACACGGAGCACGUGGACAUCCUGCUGGCGAACGCGGGCGCGACGUGGGGCGAGGCCUUCGACACGCACCCGGACAGCGCCUUCGCGAAGGUCAUGGACCUCAACGUGCGGGCCGUCUUCAACACGGUGCGCCUGCUGGCGCCGCUGCUGCAGAAGCGCGCGACCGUCGACGACCCCUCGCGCGUCGUCAUCACCUCGUCCGUCGCCGGCCUCGGCGUCGGCACCCUCGGCCGCCAGGGCACCUACGGCUACAGCGCCUCCAAGGCCGCCGUGCUGCACCUCGGCCGCAACCUCGCGCUCGAGCUCGGCCCGCGCCACAUCACCGUCAACAGCAUCUGCCCGGGCUUCUUCCCCACCAAGAUGUCCAACGGCCUGCUGGAGCUGUCCGGCGGUGUGGAGAAGCUCGCGGCUGGAAACCCGAUGAAGAGACUGGGGCGGCCUGAGGAUAUUGCGGGCGCGAUAGUAUAUUUGUGCUCGAGGGCGGGGAGCCAUGUCAACGGUGAUGCCAUUGAAAUCGAUGGAGGGGCCUUGUGGCAGCGUGGUGAGCUCAUGGCACCGGGCGAGGCGAAACUGUAG